AUGUCUGCCCCCAUUUCUGCCUCCACUUCUGCCCCCAUGUCUGCCCUCAUGUCUGCCUCUAUGUCUGCCUCCACUUCUGCCCCCAUGACUGCCUCCAUGUGUGCCUCCAUGUCUGCCUCCAUGUCUGCCUCCACUUCUGCCCCCAUGUCUGCCCCCAUGUCUGCCCUCAUGUCUGCCCUCAUGUCUGCCUCCAUGUCUGCCCCCAUGUCUGCCCCCAUGUCUGCCUCCAUGUCUGCCUCCAUGUCUGCCCCCAUGUCUGCCCCCAUGUCUGCCCUCAUGUCUGCCCUCAUGUCUGCCUCCAUUUCUGCCUCCACUUCUGCCCCCAUGUCUGCCCCCAUGUCUGCCCCCAUGUCUGCCCCCAUGUCUGCCACCAUGUCUGCCUUCAUGUCUGCCUCCAUGUCUGCCCCAUGUUUGCCUCCACUUCUGCCCCCAUGUCUGCCCCCAUGUCUGCCCCCAUGUCUGCCCCUAUGUCUGCCCCCAUGUCUGCCCCCAUGUCUGCCCCCAUGUCUGCCCCCAUGUCUGCCACCAUGUCUGCCCCCAUGUCUGCCUCCACUUCUGCCCCCAUGUCUGCCCCCAUGUCUGCCAACAUGUCUGCCACCAUGUCUGCCCCUAUGUCUGCCCUCAUGUCUGCCCCCAUGUCUGCCACCAUGUCUGCCCCCAUGUCUGCCACCAUGUCUGCCCCCAUGUCUGCCUCCACUUCUGCCCCCAUGUCUGCCCCCAUGUCUGCCACCAUGUCUGCCCCCAUGUCUGCCCCCAUGUCUGACUCCACUUCUGCCCCCAUGUCUGCCCUCAUGUCUGCCCUCAUGUCUGCCUCCAUGUCUGCCUUCAUGUCUGCCUCCAUGUCUGCCUCCAUGUCUGCCCCCAAGUCUGCCUCCAUGUCUGCCCCCAUGUCUGCCUCCACUUCUGCCCCCAUGUCUGCCUCCAUGUCUGCCUCCACUUCUGCUCCCAUGUCUGCCUCCAUGUCUGCUCCACUUCUGCUCUCAAGUCUGCUCCCAUGUCUGCUCCCAUGUCUGCCCCCAUGUCUGCCCCCAUGUCUACAUGCUUAACCUGCCUGCACGCCUGUUUCAUGAUCUCUUUUUUUCUUCUUUCCAUCUUAUGAUCAUUAAAGUGAAAUACAAAUUAUUUUCUCGUGGUGUCUGUGUGAAGUAA